AUGCGGAAACGUAAUGAAUCUUGGGCCAAGCGAGAUGUGACGGUCGGGGGUAGAUUUGGAUACGUGCUGCUAAUGGAUGAAGCAAGAAUGCAAGUGGAAAAGAAGAAUUAUGAGCAGCAAGCAGCAGGUGCUUCAGCGGUGGCGCUUACGGGGACAGGGGACGGAUGUUACCUAGAGAAACCUAAAGGGGGCCGAUGGGGCCCUGAAGGAGCGCUUCAAGCUGCCUGGUGGGACUUGGAUGUCCAAAAUCAAGCUUGA